GCGGGUGUUUUGAACGGGACUGUCUCUGUGUGUCCGGAGCUGCCGGCUACGGCCCGUGUCGCCAGAGAUGGUGGUCAUAGACAGAGUGAAGGAGGACUUCUACCAGAGAAUCAGCUCUGACCACGUGCUGGUGCUGGUGUACCCUGACGUGGACUCCCUGUGUGCCUGCAAGAUCCUGCAGACUCUCUUCAAGGCAGACAACACACAAUACACUGUGGUAUGUGUGUCUGGGAUCUCUCAACUGAAGACUGCCUUCACUACCCACCACGACAAGGUCAGGAGUGUGGUGCUGAUCAACUGUGGAGGUGGAGCCAAACUGAUUGAGCUACUGCAGCCGGAGGAACACAUCUGCAUCUUUGUGGUGGACAGUGUCAGACCUCUUGAACUAGACAAUGUCUACAACAAAGGCCAGGUCCAUAUUGUACUGAGGGAGGGAGAAGUUCUUGAGAUACCAGAUUUCGAUGACAUCUAUGAUUCAGACCAGCAGGCGGAGGAGGACGGGGAGGAGGAAGGGGAGGAGUUCUUUAGUGACGAGGAGGUUGAAGAUAGUGUCACUGGAGGGAAGAGGAGGAGGAGAGAGGGGGAGGCAUCGUACGAGGCAAGGCGGAAAAGACACCUCUGGAGAAGAAAGAGGGAGGAGAUAUUGUACAAGUACAGCGAGUUCAACUACCACAGUACUGCGGCAUCACUGGUGCUCUAUGAGCUGGCCUGGAGAUUGACCAGAGACAAUAACGAGCUGUUGUGGCUAGCAAUCACUGGACUCACUGAACAGCUGCUACAUGAGAAGACUGACAGGGAGAUGUACGUGACGGAGAUGCACCGCAUGCAACCACAUGUACUGCGACUGAACAGGAGCGAGGAGGAGACUGUGUCUGCAAUCAACACUAUGAAGAUCAACUUUGUGGAAGAGUAUCCAUAAUUUUAACAUUUCCAGCUUAUCAGGACAAGUUUGAAUGUGUCCUGAACUUGAACCAGAUUGAGACUGGACCUGUACCGGCACUGGACCAUCUACGACAGUCUGUGCAACUCUUGCUACACAGCCUGCAAGUUCAAGGUGUGGUCAUUGAAGGGACACAAGAAUCUUCUGGAGUUUCUGGCAGACAUGGGUCUUCCUCUGGUUCAAUGUAAGCAAAGGUUUUCAGCGAUGGACGUCCAGUUCAGGGAGAACUUCAGAUCAUGGAUUGAUCGCUCUGCUGCCAAGUUUGACUUGACAACAUGGCCUAUGGCUCAUUCAGUGCACAGAUUGGCUACAAGAUCAAGCUGUCAGCAGCAGACAUGCUACUCAGCACUACAGCUCUCAUAGAGAACCCAGAGAAGUCGACAGAGGAGGCAUUCCUGCAGGCUCUAGAUGCUCUCUCCUGGUCUAAUGUGACCAAGAUACUGGCUGGCAUUGAGACUGCCAAACUACAGCAAGCGGCAAUCAAGACUCAUGUUAGGAACUUCAUUGAUACCCACCAGGUGGUCUGCACCGGUCCCUUCGUCUACGCCUACGUCGAGGAGGGAACGCCUAACAUGAAGUAUUUCAGUCGACCUUUGACCUUGUGUAAACUGGCGAGGUUUCUGAGGGAGGCAUGGAUCAGCUCUAACAAGAGAGCUCGUGACUAUCCUUUCAUUCUCUCAGCUCCUGUGGACCUAGAGAAAGGUAUAUAACCUGACUCACUCACUCUCUCUCUCUCUCUCCUAUCCCCUCUCUCCUAUCUCCUCUCUCCUCUCUCCUAUCUCCUCUCUCCUCCUCCUCACACACACCUCCUCUGACCUGAUGGUGCAAUAGGGACAUGUCUUGUGGCAGGAGUUCCUUGUCAAACAGAGGAAACUCGCAGGAGUGAAUUCAGAAAAGCCUUCACACAAGCAGCUGACAGAACGCAGGCCAACGCUUCUUUUGACUGUUUCGACAACUGUGUGUUUGAAAUGCAGAUGGAAGAUCGUGGGAAAUUCUUUGACGCACUGACUGCACUCUGCACUGUCUGCUGACUGCACUGUCUGCUGACUGCACUCUGCACUGUCUAACUCACCACACACUAACUAAUACUGAAUGUUGUGUUUGUAUAUAAUAGUGUAUUAUGUGAAUAGGUAAUAUGAAAACCUGUGCACCAAAUGCUAUAUAU